UAGGAGGAUGAUUCUGCGUCUCUUGGGGCUCUGCUUCUUUCAUUACGGCAACCUGACUCAUGAACGCCACCAACGCCCAGAACGCCGACUGUAGGAAAUGAGCAGAGUCUUGCGCCUUUUCAGAUUACCGAGGAAACAUUACAGAGGAAAGCUCAGCAGUGUCCCAAUUGCGAAGUCUUCCUAUCUUCUCACGUUCUAGUAUACGGAGUAAACCUCUACUGGAAAAUGACGCAGACGCAGAUCAAUAAAGAAGCUUGCAGGGAAGCCUACAACCUCGUAAGAGACGAUAACACAGAAAUAAAUUGGGUUUCCUUUAAGUACGACGGUCCUAUGAUUGUACCUGGAGAACAGGGGACGGAUUAUGAAGAAUUCAAGCAGCAGUGUGCAGAUGACAAGCCCCUGUUUGGGUUUGUACGCAUCACAAUGGGUGACGCCAUGACCAAGCGGUCCAAGUUCGCCCUCAUCACCUGGAUCGGAGAGAACGUGAACGGUUUGCAGCGUGCCAAGAUCAGCACAGACAAGACACUGGUGAAGGAAAUUGUACAGAACUUUGCGAAGGAGUUCAUGUGCAGCGACAAGCGGGAGCUGGAGGAGGCCUACAUCCGAGAUGAGCUGAAGAAGGCUGGCGGGGCAAACUAUGAUGCCCAGACGGAAUAGAGCAGGGAGAGGGGGGGCGUCUACAGGGGGAAAGGCAGGGCUUGGGGCAGGGUGGGGGGCUAAGCACUGCCAGGCCCAAUUUUCAUUUUGUCAUCGAAAAAUUAUGAUCAUGAACUGGCAAAUACAAUUACGAGACAAACAUUAUCUGAAUGAUAUUCGCAAAUAUGGCACAAAAAUGGCCAGGCAGAUAUAAUCUGCUGACUAAAUGUAUUUUGUAAAAAUUUUAAUCCUUUACUGAUUGUACUUAUUUAAAUUACGUAUCCUCUUCACCCCAGAUGGGGCCUCCACUUUGAGCAGUUUUUGCAACAACGUGAGCUUUGCACCAUCAAAGACUCAUCAAUUACAGAGUAUAAAUGUUAUUAAAUGACAAUGAUGUCAUAAUUGCAUCAUUUGGUCUCAUUACCGGUUUCAUAAUUCUUGUUGACAAAAUCAAUACUAGCCUGGACUAAGGGGGUGGGGGUUCAGGGCACAAAAUACCUUGCAUAAAGUCACACAUAAAACUAACAUCUCUGGCAUAUAUUGCAUACAUAUUGUGUUCUUCUGUCUUGUCCUUAUUCAUAUUUUUAUCUUGAGGUUGUAGUGUAUAAACCAGUCCCCUGAUUUCAUGUAGCCAUUACCUGUCCAUUUUCAUACUCUGGAGCUGGUAGUGCCCCACCCCACAGCCCGGUCAAACAGCACAAUCCAAGCCAAAAUUAGCUGUCUCUAGUGUAGCUUUUUUGUCUUUAUUUUGGAAGAAAACCCAAAAGGAAUGUGUGUACGUCCCUAGUUUACAGCAUUUUGGAAAAAAAACAAAAAAACAUAAACAAAAAAAGGUUGUGGGAAGAGACCAUUCAUUUCACGUCAAUCAUUUCAGAAUAAACGUAAAAAAUAACAGUC